AUGGUUUUAUUUCCAAUAACUGAUCUUCGACGAGUUUUAUUAUUAGUUAUUAUUAUAUUAUCUUAUCUUAUUAUUAAUUUAGUUUCAUUUCGAGGAAAUUCAUCGAUAAAAUAUGUUGCUUUUCCAAUUCGUUUUGGUUUUAUUCAAAGUAGUCAAUCAUUAGAAAUAAUAUAUUUGAUAGUUAAUGUAUUUGCUGAUCUUAUUAUUAUACUUGAGAUAAUUAAUCUUGAUCGAUUACAAUUUGAUAUAAUGUUUCUUCCUGCUGCUCUUCUUUUAUCUAUUUUUAGUAAGUUUAAAUAAAAAGAAAAAACUGAAAGUAUUCUUUUAGUUCUAUAUCUAUGAUCAAUAUUGUGUAGUGUCUCUUUAAUAUAGUAAUAAUAAUCCAUUAGAGUUUUCUUGAUUAGUCAUGGUGGAAUAGUCUUGUUGGUCUCUUAUAAUGACAAUAGUUUGUUUGUUUUUUUAGACGAAUUGCUUUCGUUGUUGAUAUGAUAUUAUCUCCAUGAAAUAAUCAAAGAUUAAAAAUGAAAAUGUUAUUUGAAAAAUUUUUUAAAAACGUUAAUUAAACAUAAAAAUAAUUUUCUUUUUUUAUUUAUGAAGUUUAAAAGAAAAAAAAAAAUUAUUUGUUUGCUCGAUCUAUAUGUCGAUUGUCGAUGUCUUCUAUUCCAUCAUCGAUUAAUUCACCACCGUUUUUUCCAUAACCUCAAAUAAGACACCAAAUCUAUAAUAAAGUCAAUAAAUAAAUUUUCGAUAUAAUCAACAAUAGAAUUGUCAAUAUUCGAAUAAUUAUUCUAAUUAACCAAAAUAGAAUUUCAAUGAUUAUUUUUCGCAUGUUCCAAUGCAAUAUCGAGGUGAAUAUCCAUGACGAGAAUAUAAUAACAAUGGUGGGUGUGGGUGUGGGUGUGAGUACGGGUGUAGAUGAGGAGGCGAUAGCAUACUCACACCCACAUCCACCCACAACGAUAAUACUACAAUUUCAUUGAACAAAAUUCGCUUAUUUUCUCCAUGUGAUGACAGUGAAGCAAAUCAGAAUUUCAGGACGCUUUGAAAAAUCUCAAAUGGAUCCCAUUUAACAGAUCACGAGCAAGUAGAAAAUGAAUCAAAUAAUUUUCUGGUGAUGUUAGAAUUUCUAACACUGUACAUGUCAUCAUAUUUUUGAAUUUGUCCCACGUGCGUUUAUGGCCAACUCACCUUACUUCAACCUGUUGUGUUGGUGUCGAGAGAAAAAGAACGGGAGAACAGAACAUAGCGGAAUCAGAGAUACGCACGAGCACAAAGAACAGAAUCAAACAUUUUAUUCACAAACAAGACUGUGGUCAUAGCAUUGAGUGUUUUUCUCUUUCUUCAUCAUAGGAGUGGCACAUUUACUUUACUUUUUACUAGUGAAGUAAAAGUAAAGUGCCAUCUCUACUUCGUCAACGGUUUUCUAUUCACGCCUUUCUCAUUGAUCUCUGCUUCGAUACAUGAGGUGAGCUGCUGUCAUGCUGCAGGAAAUUUAUUUCCAGAUUUUAUCAAACACUGUCGCUCGUCUCCUCAUUUACAGAGAUGGCAAGAGCAACGGCGUCAAAUCAAUGUUCGAUGUGCGAGAAGAACGAAGCACAAUACAACUGUGAGGGAUGUAAAAGGCUCUUUUGCGUCAAACAUUUCAACGAGCAUCAUCAACAACUGUCGAAGCAGUUCGAUGAUGAAGUAGUGGGAUCUCAUGAUGGACUACUCGAACAAAUCCACAACGCACAGCAAUCGAAUGGCUUUUUCAUUCGUCUUUUCCUCGAAAUUGGUCAAUGGGAAAAUGCAAAGAUCAUAAAAGUUCAAGAAGCCGCCGAAAGAGCUCGUCAACAAUUGACUGAUCUGAUCCAUAACUCGAGGGAGAAACUGACAGAGCAGUUUAAAACUUUCACAGAGCGAAUUCGUACCGCGCACAAUGACAAAAACUACAACGAAGACGUUAUCAAACAAUUUCGACAGCAGAUCAAUGAGUUGCAUCAAUCACUGAAAGCACAAACUCUGAACAUGAUUGUCGUUUUGAAGGAUGAAAUCGAUUGGAAUCAUCUGAUCUCCAUCGAGAAAAGAAGCGAGCGAAAACGUCAGUCAAAAGAAAAAAAUGUCGCAGAAGAGCUGAUUUGAGAACGAUGAGUCUCUGUAUGAGAGAGUCGCACCAUUAUCUCAGCGAAAAGUAGUUAAUUCGAACAUUUGAGUUGAUUGAGAUACUUGCGAUCAGUGAAGAUCAACGUCGAAAUUGAGUGUUAAGAUUCAAAUGUCGACUGUAAUCGAUUUGUGAGUAAGGGAACGACAAACACGCUGAUCGACAUUUGCAUGGGUUCAUUUGUUCGAUUUGAAUCCAUCGAUGACUUCCUAUCGACGUGAAUGGGUGUAGCUUUGAUUUUUCGAUCUCGUCAAAUAUUACCCUGAUGAAAGACUCGAAGUUUUCUUAUCAAGGUCCUGCUCUUUCCUGUUAAGAUCUGAGCAAGAUUGUGCUGGAAGACCAAAUAGGAUCCUGAUGAAACUUGAUAGGGACUUGUGACCAAAAAUUUUCAAGUUUUGUUAAGAUUUUCGUAAAAUUCUACUGCAGGAUCUUGUGAAGAUCGUACGAUAAUCCUAACCAAACUUGACAUUUUUUGGUCAAAAGUUCCUAUCAGGUUUAGAUCGAAUCUUCUGUAAGAUCUUAUAGGAUCCUAAAUAAUUUUUUAUAAAAAAAACAAACUGAAAACUUCCAGAUUUCUUGGGAACGUCUUACGCUUUCUGUUUAGGAUCUAGCUAUGCAAAUUCUAUUUAGGAUCUUGCGAGGAUUUCUUUCUGUCAUAAGUUCGAUGAGACGGAUCUGAACACACUUACUUCAUUUUGACGAUAGACGCUUUAGACAAAUACGAUAUAGUAAUGUGCCUUUUCUCUCCUGUGCAGACCAGGUGAUUCAAGGGCUGGACGGUACCCCCAUUCUACGAGAAAUAGGUUACCUCCACAAAGUAAAGAGAAACGCUUUCGCUCAGAACAUUCCGUGUCUAACCCAAAACCUUCUACCCAAACAAAGCGAAAUGGAAAAUGAAUAAAGAAAGAUUGAUAAGAUUUCUUUUUCGCUCCGAGGAGUCUUCCGACAGUAGUGGAUUUUUUCCCGCGGAACUUAUUCAAUUUCAAAGACAAAUGCAUGAAGCAUUUUUUCGUCAACAAGCAGAAAUGAAAAAUGAAUAAAGAGAGAUUAAGCAGAUUUCUUUUUUCAUCCCGAGCUGAGUGGUUUUACACGUGAUUCAGUUGCACAAUGACUUGAGCGCAGGCUAAUUCUUGUUUUAUUCAAAGAGAAUACAGUGCAAUGAGAUGAAGACUAUGUACUCAUAUGAAACAGAGUAAUGCUUGUAAGAUUUUCUCAAGAUGUAUUUUCGUGAUACACGACAUUUUUCCUCUGAAAAAGAUAUUUUUCGCGAAAUAACUUCGAGUUUUUUUGUAUAGUCCGUGUGAUUUGUCGAUCAGCAUGUACAAACCGAAAGAACCGUUAUAUAAAUAGUUCUGUAGUGUGAUUAAUACCUGUAACAAUUACCUGAUUUUAACCAUAUUCAGGGUGUUAACGAAGGUUGUUUGUUAAAAUCUGUAGAAAUUGGAAGCAGCUAUUUCUCUAAAUCCAGCAAAGCCCUCUCAAAAUCUAGGAAGCAUCGAUUCAGGUACUUGUUUAUUUUUGUAUGUAUACCUAUCAUAGUAGUUCUGACCACUAAAUUGAGAGCAUUAGUGUAAGAGUAAGAAACGAGACAAUUAUGUCUUUGCGGAUGCGUAACGUGAUAGCAGCCACAGAGAAGAAAUCGUAAACCGUACACAUCCACAAUAGCCAGGAAAAAAUGAUUUAUUUUGUAGAAGACAAAAUGCAAACAAGUUGUCGAGGAGAUACGAGAUAGCAACAACAUAGGACUAGCACAAACGUUGAUAAAAAAAGUCAGCAAACAAUGACAUUUUCUGAACGACAAAGUGUCGUGUUCCGCGUUGUGUAGUAAGAAAAAGACUAAAACCGCAAUAUAGAUCCUAGAGUAUCUUAUACCGUUUUAUCUAAGCAAGAUCUUAUAGGAUCUUGAAAGAACUUUGGUCUGAUAAAUGAUGAACGGAAUCUUGAUAGGAUCUUGCGCAGGAGCUUCAAUAUUUCUUGAUGUAUUCUUAGUGUUAGGAAAUUUUUAGAUCUUGACCAAAUCCUGCUGGUUUCUUGUGUAGUUCUUAAUAAGAGGAUAGGGCCAGAGAUCUUCAGGAUCUUGCAUAAAUCUGGGCACAAUCCUAGAGAUUUAGGAUCUUGUAAGAUCUUGACAGGAAACAUCUAAGAAGGCGUAGGAAUGAAAUUCGAGAACGAUGCCGAAGAGAAGCCAAAUCUUGUCGUUGACGAGAAAAAUGGGUGGCUAUGGUGUGUACGGUUUACGAUUUCUUCUCUGUGGGUGCUAUCACGUUACGCAUCCGCAAGGACAUGAUUGGCUGGU